AUGAUCAAUAAUCUAAGCUAUGCAGACGAUAUGGUAUUGCUGAGUCCAUCAAUUAGCGCACUCAGAAAGCUCCUCAAGAUAUGCGAGACCUUUGCUGCGUCACAUGGACUCGUAUACAAUGUGAAGAAGAGUGAGCUCCUGAUAUUUAAGAGCAAGGGAAACACUGUAGUCGAUGUCCCACCCGUAACCCUUAACGGAGUUGCACUUAAGAGAGUGACUGAGUUUAAAUAUUUGGGGCACAUUGUGACAGACGAUAUGUCUGAUGUUAGAGACAUUGAGAGAGAGCGUAGGGCGUUGGCGGUCCGAUGCAAUACUCUAGCCCGCAGGUUUGCACGGUGUAAUAGGGAGGUAAAGCUUACUUUAUUUAAAGCGUACUGCCAAACAUUUUACACGUGCAGCCUGUGGGUGACGUAUACCCAUAGGGCCUACAGCGACCUACGUGUGCAGUACAACAAUGGGUUCAGGGUACUGAUGGGGCUGCCGCGCUGGUGCAGUGCAUCACAGAUGUUCGCAGAGGCUCAUACAGACGACUUUUACGCAAUCAUGAGAAAAAGAGCUGCAUCUGUGAUGAGCAGAGUGCGCGGGAGCUCCAACAGUAUUUUGAACACAUUGGCUGCAAAGUGGGAAAACCCCUUUAUGAAGCACUGGGUGUACAUACAUAUGAACACCCAGUGGCCCCGAAGCUACAUGAAUUGA